AUGGGGAAGAAUAACAAGAAGGGGAAGAAGCCCCUAGCCGGCGCCGCUGCAGUGAAGGUGGGGAAAGCCCGCAGCGAGGUCCGGGACAACCCGUUCGAAGUGAAGGUCAACAAGCAGAAGUUCAAUGUGCUGGGCAGGAAGAGCAAGCAUGAUGUGGGGCUGCCGGGGGUGUCCAAGUCUAAAGCCAUCAAGAAGCGCAAGGAAACACUCCUGAAAGAAUACCAGCAGAGGGGGAAGGCCAGCAUAUUUAUGGAUAAGCGAUUUGGGGAAUAUGACACCAAACUCACUCCGGAGGAGAAGAUGAUGAAGAGAUUUGCAAUGGAGCGACAGAGAAAUGUUGACAAGAAGACUAUAUACAACCUAAAUGAAAGAGGAGGAAUUGACUCACUAUGGACAGUCUCUGGCUUUGCUGGAAAAGCUGAAUGACCCUGUGGAUAGUGACAGUGAUACAGAUGAAAGGGGGGCGCUAUCUGCUGCGCUGACAGCUUCUCAUUUUGGUGGAGGAGGGCUGCUCAGGAAGAAAGCUCCUUCUGAACAGAAAGAGGAGGAGCCAGAAAAAACAAAAACCCGUAAAGAGCUAAUUGAAGAGCUGAUCGCUAAAUCAAAAUCUGAGAAGAGAGAGAGGCAGAGUCAAAGAGAGAAGGCCAUGGAGCUGACCGAAAAACUAGACACUGACUGGAAAGCUAUACAGACGUUGCUUGCUCAUAAGACUCCUAAAUCUGAGAGGAAGGCUGAAGCUGAAAAACCAAAGCCUGAUGACUAUGACAAGAUUGUUCGAGAGCUUGGAUUUGAGAUGAUGAAGGCUCAGCCCUCGGACAGGAUGAAAUCGGAAGAGGAGAUUGCUAAGGAAGAACAGGAGAGACUUCAGAAACUAGAGGCUGAGAGGCUACGCCGAAUGCGAUGGGAGGAUGGUAAGUCUAAGAAGAAGCCCAAACACAUCUCUGCAGAUGAUUUAAUGGAUGGGUUCGUACUGGAUAAAGACGAUCGCCUCAUGCUUUCCUAUAAGGAUGGGAAGAUGAAUCUACCAAAGUCAGAAGAGGCUGAUGAAAAAAAAUGGAGACACAGAUAAAAAGGAGGAGGAGGAACCAGGUACUGGGAAUGAGGGUAGUGAGGCAGAUGAAGAUGCAGAAGAUGGAAGUGAAAAGGAGGAAGAUGAUGACAAUGAAGAGGAAGAUGAUGAAGGCAGUGAUGCUUCAGAUAAUUUCUCUGACUUGGAAUCUAAUGCAGAGAGUGCUGAGGAGGAAGGGGAAGAAGAAGUAAAACCAAAAAAGGGAAAAGACAAACCCAAAAAAAAAAAAGCCAUGGAGGCAAGUUCUGAUUUGCCAUUCACAUUUGAUGUUCCCGAAUCACAGGAGAGUUUCCAGUCUCUGCUGAGAGAGAAGACUACAGAACAGCAGCUGGUCAUACUGGAGAGGAUUCAGAAGUGUAACCACCCGAGCCUUGCUGAUGGGAAUAAGGCCAAGCUAGAGAAAUUGUUUGGUUUCCUCUUGGAUUAUAUUAUUGACUUGGCUGAGCAGGAAACGCCAGAUCUGAAAACUGUUGACAAACUAAUUCUGCCCCUGUACAGCUUGUGCCAGAUGUUCCCAGAAACAGCAGCGGAGUGUGUGAGAGAGGCCCUACAGGAUAUCGCUCAUACUUUGGAUGAAGCAAUAGAAUCUAAAGGCCGGGCUACAUUCCCCGCUUUACACGUACUUUUUUACUUCAAGAUCAUUGCAAUUUUAUUUCCUACUUCUGAUUUCUGGCACCCUGUCAUCACUCCAGCUGUCACUGUGAUGAGCCAGCUCUUGACGAAGUGCCCCGUGUCUUCACUGGAAGAUGUGGCUGCAGGUCUCUUCAUCUGUUGUAUGUUCCUUGAAUACGUGUCCUUGUCACAGAGGUUCGUUCCAGAGGUCAUUAACUUCCUUCUGGGGGUCCUACACUUGGCCACAGCACGGAGACCUUCUAUUGGUUACUCCGUUGUUCCUCCAUUUAAACACCACGGAAAGUCAUCUGGACUUCUCCUGACAGAUAGUGAUGAUGACAUUAAUUCUUGGAAGAAGACACACAUGCCGCUGACAGCAAUCAAUGGACUGAACACAGAGGACAAAACUGAGAUCAAUCAUUUUAGGCUGACGUGUGUUGCAGUGAGCUUAGACUUGGUAAAAAGAUGUGUGAACAUGUAUGGAUCUUUACCAGCUUUCUGUGAGAUUUUCAAACCAAUUUUCCUGCUUAUCCAUGAACACCUUCCACGAAGCACAUAUCCAAAGGAGAUCCAGGAUAUGUGCCAAAAAAUUUUAGAUGAUAUUGAAAGACUUGGAAAGAAAACCUACAAACAGCUCAUGUUUGAGAAACAGGCACCUGUGGCAAUGAAAAUGUUCACACCAAAAGUUAUGCCUGUGCUGGAAUUUGGCAGAAAGCAGGGCUGUAAUAAGGUGGAACGAGAACGAAAGAAACUUAUUCACAAACACAAGCGGGAACUUAAAGGAGCUGUGCGAGAAAUCCGAAGGGACAAUCAGUUUUUGGCAAGAGUAAAGCUUUCAGAGACCAUGGAGAGGGAUGCGGAGAGGAAGAGGAAGGUAAAGGAACUCUUCAACAGUCUGUCAACACAGGAGGGAGAAUGGAAAGCCUUGAAAAGAAGAAAGAUGAAGGGGAAGUAA